UACUUCACUCAUCAGACAUGUGUCACAUUUGAAAAGCCAAAAUUCAAAAGAUGAACAUUACUGCUUAUAAAGCAUUUAAUUUUAUUUUGGCCAUCGCAGUAAAUUACUUCCUCCAUUUCUUCACUUACAUUCUGUUCUGUGAGGACCCCGAAAAAUCCUGCGUGCUAUUUCCAUGAGACGCGAAUACAAUGAACAAGUUCACGAAUACCCCGACAGAAAUCGACAACUACGUCGAAAUUUUGAAAAAGCAGCUCUAUUUCGCUGUCCUCAAAGGAAAGACCAGCCUCAAGUUGAAGAAUAAUUUGAAUACAUUCUUCUUCUCCACCGAUGAUGAAUUGGUUUAUGAAAAUUAUUACAGUGACUUUGGACCGCUGAAUAUUUCAUGUUUGUUCAAGUUCUGCGUGAAACUGAGGAAGUACCUGCAAUAUGCCAAAGGUCUGAAGAGUGUGGUGUACUAUACAAGUGAUCACCCAGAUAAGAAAGCUAACGCGGCAUGCUUGAUAGGGCUGUUCAGUGUUAUCUACUUGAAUUUCCAACCUAAAGAUAUAUGGAGAGCACUGAGCGAAUUAGGGCCAUAUAAACCAUACCUAGACGCUUCUCAAUACCCUGGCGGUUUCACUCUGAAAAUACCAGACUGCAUAUUGGCUAUCCAGAAAGCCUUGUCCUUCAAUUUCUUCAACUUCGAUGACUUCAACGUGACGGAAUAUGAUCUUUAUGAUAAGUUACAGUAUGGAGAUAUGAAUUGGUUGGUGCCAAGAAAAUUUUUAGCUUUCAUCGGACCGUCAGAUAAUAAAACUGCUCAUCCUCCGGAAUUCUACAUCAAGUACUUCCUGAAAAACGAUGUAAAGACUGUCAUCCGGUUGAAUUCUAUCAUUUAUAAUUCAGAGGUUUUUACCCAAGUAGGUAUACAACACUUCGACCUCAUUUUUCCUGAUGGAACCACUCCCCCAAAAGACAUUCUUUUGAAGUUUUUGGCGAUAGCUGAAAUGGCUCCUGCUGCUAUAGCUGUGCAUUGCAAGGCAGGUCUCGGUAGAACUGGUUCUCUAAUAGGUGCCUACCUCAUAAAACAUUAUUGUUUGACAGCCAGAGAAGCCAUAGCGUGGAUGAGGUUGUGCAGGCCUGGUUCCGUAAUUGGUCAACAGCAGGUGUGGCUUGAAAAACUCGAAAAUUGGUUGUGGAAAGUAGGCAGCCAAUACAGGAUAAAAAAAUAUGGAUCCGACGACAAGAUCCCCAGACAUAAAUAUGGAAUCUACAGUAGGGAGUGGCCUCUGGAAAGAGAAAGGAUCAUCGUUGAAGCCAGAAGAAAAAUCCAGAAAUCAUUCACAAAAUCUCAGUUGGAAAAAAUAUCGAAACAGAAGAGAUAUUCAGCGAGCAUGGAUUCGUUUUCCAAAAACAGCAAGCAGCAGAAGGCUGUCAAGAAAUUGGGACCUAAUGAAAUCAUCCCCUACAAAAGCGUAUCAAAGUUCAUUUCUUCAUUCCAUGGGCCCAACAGAGACCCGGCUCCUUCAAAUAUGAGUAGCAUUGUGCAGAUCAACAGGCUGCAGCCUAAAAUAUCGAAUUAUCCCAAAUCUGAGUAUGCCGAGGAAAAAGUAACGAACCAUUUGAAACUUCGCGAGAAACAGGAUACCAAAAAUGUGACUCAAGGAGACAAACUAAACGAAAUCAAGGCGUCGUGGCUCAAUUCUCGUAAUUUAAGGGCAGAGUCCCUCAAACAUCCUUCUCAAAAUGAACGCUAUCGCAAAUUUCACCAUGUUCCAAACUGAAUCGAUCGUUAAAAAAAUUGUGAAUGAUAUUUUUCGUUCUUGUUCUGAAUUAAUUCAAGGAACUAAACUUAUUUUUGAUUUU